AUGGACGCCAUUGCGCAGGUCAAGAACGAGGCUCAGCUUGAGAUCCUCCUCGCUGGCUCACUGUCACUCAUUCCAGCGGGCGUGAAUCGAUGGGGCUAUGUACGAGAACAGCUCGCGGACCUGGCGCUGACGAAGCAGCCCAAGUCGGCCACGAUCUUUCUGAUUCUCGCCAGCGCGCUUGCGGCCCUCGCCGUCCUCCUCAUCGCUCUGGUCUGGACAAUCCGCUGGCGCAAAGGCUCGUUCUGGCUCGUCCGCCUCGCUCGCAUCCGCUCCGGCGAACCCUACGUCCUCUUCCACUACGCCUUCGCAUGGAGCGCAUGUGCGUCGUUCAUGCUGCUCGCGUUUCAGGGGUACUUGUGGGAGGUCUAUCAGACGCAGCAUCGACGGCCACAGUAUGACUUCAUGCUUUGGGUGGUCUUCUGCUGGAUGCCUGGCUGCAUCGCGGUCAUCGUCGCCUGCUGGACAUUGACGACGACCUACAUCCUCCACAUCAAGACCUACGCCUCAUCGAACGACUUUCGCUUCUACUCGUCGUCUCGCUUCGUCGUUGGCGUCUUCCUCACUCUCGUCAUCGGCCACAUCGCCAGCGUCAUUCCUUUCGCCUACUUUUGCAACCGCUACUACCGCCUCAUGACGACGCACUGGCUUGACGCCGACGCACUCCUCGCCUACGCCGAACUCCAAUAUACCUCGAACCCGUCAAGCAUGUCGUCGGCGACAGUCGUGCACGACAUCGCACCGCACCUCUUCAUCGUCAUGCAGAGCGUGACAAGCCUGAUCUACUGGAUGCGACGCGCCUUCAUCGUCUAUUCCGCCUGGUCGCUCUCACUCGGCUUGCUCUUCGCCACAAUCGGUCUCGUCUAUAUUCGUGCCUUGCGCAGGUCGUUGAACGACUUCAAGAACAAGAGUCCGACUGCGAGCGAUGUCUUCAGCAGAACCCUGAGGAACGUGUCGAUUCUUACGGCGGGCUUCUUUGGGUUCGUUGUGAUCGUUUCGGCCAACGCCGUCUGGGUCGCCGCGCUCGCCAAGCAGGUCUUGACUUCGGGCCGCGUAACGGAGCUUUCGAUCCUCGUACCUACCCUCACCACGAUAGCCGGCUCGCUCCUCCUUGCCGUCAUCCUCCUCAUCCAGUCCCUCACCGCACCCUCCGUCUACUCCGCCUCGCCGACCCGCUCCUUCCCGUCAACCCAGAAGAACCCCUACGGCAACCUCUCCCGACACUACGCGCAAUUCGCCCUCGCCGCCUCUGAACGCUUCCCCGUCUUCGGCACCGGCACCCUCGCGGAAGACGCAUUGCCGACCGAAGUACCCUUCGAGAACCUCGAGUUGCAAGCCGCGGUGCCGCAGCGUAUGCGGACUCGAUCGGGAACCGGAUCGACGGCGGAGUUUGGAGAAAGGGGAGGAGCGGUGGAGGGGAUUGUGGUCAGUCGGAAGCAGGAGGUGACGGUUGUUUCGCUUCCGCGGGACGAGGAGAAGGAUGGGGUUGUUCCGGAGUGGAGGAGCGAGGAGUAUAGUCCGAUGGAGGAGAAGUAUUAG